AUGGGUCGCUUCAAACCAGUAUUCAAAACAUCAACUUCUGCCGCGUCUUCAUCGGUUAUUUCUCCUUCUGAUACUAAUACCUCAAACAAAGCGACCACAAAUGCCGAAGUUGAAACUUUACCGGGGUCAACACCGCAAAAUACUAAUAAUGACACGCAGUCUAAGGUUUCGGACAAACAAAAAAGUGUAAAUAACGCUUCAACACAGAAAAAUAAAAAAACUCAAAAAAUAUCCGAUGCUGGCCAAGUAAAAAAGGCAUAUCCACCUCGUAAAAAAAAGACCAAUGCUGCCGAUGCAACUACACCUUCCGAUGUAUCACCAGAAUCCACUAAAACUACUCGUAAAAGAAAAUCGAAGAAAGAACAACAAGGAGUACAAGCAAAAACAACGGAAACUUCAAAUAUUAAUGCUGACGUAGGUGAAACAACGUCACAAGUCGUUGCAAAUAAUGGCGACAUACAACAACCAUCAUCGGAUCCAGUUUCGUCAACGACUUUAGAAAGCUCUGUGGCUGAUAAUCAGGCUCAGGCUGUCGUUCCGGUUAAAGCUCCAAGAAAGCGAAAGAGUAAAGUCGUUAAUGCAACAGCUAAUGAUACGAAAAAAGAAACGAACAAUGAUGGCGAGUCUGCGGAACAGGGAAAACCCAAAAGAGUAAGAAAGGCUAAGGACCCAAAUGCUCCUAAAAAGCCACCAAAUGCCUACAUGCAAUUCUCAAAAGUUAAGCGGCCAGAAAUUAAAAAAGAAAACCCGGAUGCGAAUCCGAAAGAAAUACUUACUUUGAUCGGAGAAGCGUGGAGAAAAAUGUCCGAAGAAGAGAGAAAACCAUACCAAGAUAUGGUUAAGGCAGCUAUGAUCGAAUACGAAGAACAAAUGAAAUCUUAUAAAGGAUUAUGCGCAAAUUCCCCUGUAGAUGGGCAAACGCCAGAUGCAUAUAAUGCAUAUACUCCAAAUCAAAAUUUGGAUACUCAAGAAGUCGAUCAACAAAACAUAUUAGAUGCGUCGGUAGUUCCAAAUGACACGAAUCAAAACUUGUCAGGAAUAAUGGUUUGUGAUAGUUCGCAGCCGGAUCUCUCUCAAUUAGCUGUGCAUCAACCCUUAUCAUCUGGUGUAUCGUUCGAAAAUUACGCGUCAUACGGCCAACGGGACGAUAUGGAAGCUUUAUUAGACAUGCCAGAUGUUGGACAUUCCUAUGAAUUUCAAACUAACGAUCCGAACUUAUACAAUUCUGAACAACUAUUAACCGACAUUCAAAAUACUGGAAAUACCUUCGAUUUUCAAUCGACGAAUUCUAACUCUAAUAAUGCUCAAUUAUAUGAUAAUUCGGCCUACCAAUUUCCGGCAACUAUGUUACCAUUAGCCAUGAACAUUCAAGAAAAUCAGAAUUCUCGUGGCUCAUAUUUUUAUGGUGAACAACAACAACAACCUCAAGUUGUUAAGCAAGAUCUAUUACUUUACGAAACUCCAGUUGUUCAAGAGAAUCAUGAAGUUUCCGAAUCUGGAAGCAGUCAAGAAGUCCAUAGCUCUCCAGUUAUUGUUAAAAAAACAGAAAAUAAUUCCGGUAAUUUACUCUUAUGUCAACCAUUCGAACCAUCCAAUGGAAACAAUAAUAUUAGUAACAUUGACAUAGAAGGGAAUGGUCAUUGGUUUCAAGAUGAAGCUCAGUUCCAAGAUCCUGCGAAUUAUGCACAACAGUAUACCGAAUACCAACAAGUCCCACAUGAGGUGCCACAACAGAAAUUACUUCAAGAUAAUUCGCGGCAAAUAUCGCGACAAGAGUAUUAUCAAAAACAAAUGUCACAACAUCAUCAACAACAAAUGGCAUCAUGGUAA